AGUGGGAGGUUUGACUACUUGGAGCUACUAACCUUAGGUAAACUCACUUGACCGGUACGGGAAAACGAAGUGGAUCGGCCCCUAGUCGACCUCUUAUUUUCUUUCCCUUAUUGAAAACAAUCCACCAACCCUUUUUCGUGAUCCUCCCAUUUGACAGCAGCCACUGUCGGUCAACAAUAACAUUUUGCUCCAUCGUCUUUCCUUCCUCUUCUUACGGCCGACUUUGUUGCUUAUUUUCCUUAGUCUGCUUUUUCUUCGUUACGUCCCGGAAUGCGGUAGCAGAAUCGACGCCCUCAGCUCCUUAGCCGGACUGAGAAAUUGAUCGCGAGCCCUUUAGGUCCAGAGCCAGGCCUAGGUCUAGGUCUAGGGGGAUUUCCGCUCUCUUUCGCCUUCGUAAUUUGGGGUUCCUUUGGGAUAUCAUCUGUCGCAAACCCUUUUCGAGCUCGUCGAUCUUAUUCUCCUACCCAUUGCCAAUUCAAAUCACGUCAAUCUAGCCGGACAGCUCCUUAUGAUUAGGGAUCAUAAGGCUCCUGCUGGCCCGAGACCAGCCGCGCAGUCCCCGACUCGAUCGUCCAAGGAGAAUAUCAACCCGGUAAAUCGAAUCCACGACGAGCCAAUGCUUCAUGCAUCAUCGUCCAACAACCAUUCGCUGUUUUCCUUUGGUCGGAAUGGGGCCCCGAGUGACAUAGACGACAACACCACCACCUCUUUCGAAUUCCUACCCUCUGUUAGCUUCGAUGAUCUUCAAAGCAGCCUCGAAACAGCCUCUACCGAAUUUAAACUGACCCAGUUUCCUUCACCGUCUGGCCAGGGGAGCAUUCUUGACGAGAAGCCAUUGGACAUGAUGGGUGGACAGCCUUCGGGUACUGGCAAUAGUGGCGCCGCCCGCUCGGGGGCCCAGCCGAAUUCCACUUCUAACGCAGGUACCAGGCCGUCAAGAUCGGGUUCCAUAUUGAGAAGACCCAGCACGUCAAGUCGACAGGUUAGCAACGGAUCUACUGUGUCUGUGUCUUCUAGUAUAAUCGAUGCGCCGACAGCGCCUGCUGCGAUGAGGAAUCGACGCCAAAGCCAUUACCCCCCGGUUUCUAAUACCAACAUUGGAAAACCUCCAAGGAAAUCGGUCGGCCCGGGACUUAUCGAUGCUGAUUUCGGAACCAGGGUCCAGAAGCGACGGCCAAGUCUGAUAUCAAACCUUUCUGACAAGGGCGGCACUGAGUCUGCUCGAGCCUCUAUGGAUGUUUCUACCGGGCAACCCGGUGAUGGUAGGCCGUCAUUUCAAGGCGCGCGAGCUACGAAGGCUCGUUCAAUACAGCCCGCACCUAGGAUAUCGGCCAAUUUCUCUACUCUCAACAGUAGUAACACCAGUCUCGCUCCAGAUCAAAACCGUACAUCCACCGCGUUCCCAAGGUCACCGAGAGCGGGUGGUAAAGGCUCUACGCCUAAUUCUGCGAGAAGAAUGUCCGUAAUGCCUGGUGCUCAUACCUCUCAUGCCACCGGGCUUGGUGCUAGGACCAUCUCACCCACUGACGCGCAACGGAUGAAGCGUAUGUCGAUACAUCCGACCCAGGCCAUGCCGCAGAUAACAAAUGCACCGCUCCCGCCCCUUGAUGUUCGCCCCCAAUCACGCUCGCCAUCGAUGAUACCUCGAAAAACAUCCACUCCCUCAUCACUAAGAACAACCCCGGAAGUCACUAAUAGGAAAUCCUAUAGCUCAGGAUUAUCGGUUGGUUCAACGACGAGCUUCAACACGCAGCGAACCUCGACCGGUUCAAUACAGCGUACCCUAACCCAAGGAGGUCCAACAUCCAGGCUCCCCGCACCCAAAGCCUUAAAUAUUCACAACCCUCCCACUGGUGAAGAUGAGGAGGAUGUUCCACCCGUGCCUGCGAUUCCCAAGGUUUAUGAAUCACCCAAAGAUUCGCUAGCAGAACUUUCUUUCCUCGAAAAACGGAAAUCAAAUUACACGUUUGAUUCUAGUAGUAUUCACAGUAAUUCUACGGGCACACCUUCGGGUACACCAUCUCAGGAGCCUACGAAGAAGACACCGCGGAAACCCACCGAAAGAAGGCGUGCUCCGCGAAAAACUUUCGCUGGCCCUACCUCUGACAUCGAGCAGAAAAUCAACGGAUCCCAAUCCAAGAAGAAUUUACAGCCGCUACGACUUCCGCCGUUGAGUGUUGGUCCGUUAAGCAUGCCCACAGAGGCAAAAAUCGCGGCUCUACGAGAUCAAAGCGAGGACAGUGGUAAAUUGAGCCCGCCACUGUCAAGGACCAUUGCCAAAACGCCUACAACGCCCAUGACUGCAUCGAAGAGUACGUUCUUUUUCAGAGGGCGCGGCGAUAGGGAUCCUGAGAAGACGGUCCUCCGAAGCAGUAGCACCGUUCACCAUAGCCGAGUAGAAAGUCCCAGUGGAGAAAUUGGGACAAGUUCGUCUGAGUCGCCCAUCCGGGUAAUAACUCAGAAACAAGCUCACAAAAUCUCUGGCUCGCCUUUCCUAUCGUCAUCUGUUCCUAAGGGCAACAACGCCUUUGGUAGUCAAUUGACGAAGUCUAAAACCGUGAGCGAUGUUAGCGCAACCGCAGUCGAUACAGCUACCGAAGCAAGGCCUCCACAAAAGCCAUCUGGUCCUCGUGCGCCGAAGUUAGCCAAGCCAACCAAUAAGACCCCACCAGCUGAGCAGAGCCCCGAAGAACCACCAACGCCAUCCUCGAUGAGCAAUUUGAGGAGAAAAUUGAGCUUGUCUUGGAAAAGAAGUAACUCGAAAAGUAGCCAUCACGCUUCGAACAGCUCUAUUGAUAAGGUCGCCGAGAAGCAGGCCCGGCAGGAGAGCAUGCCACCUCCGCGGAUACCAGUCUCGGCGUCAAUGAACAUUAACUCGGCGAAGUCUUCCAGCCCAAGUCAUGCCACGAAGCCUGCCACAGGAACGUAUCUGGAAACUAGGCGUAGAAAGAGCUCUGCAUCUAGCCUGAAUACUAUGUUUACACAAAAGGGUCGUAAUGAGAGUUGGACAAGCUCGAAGGAAGAUGUUGGCAAUAACUCGAUGAUUGAGACUUCAACACAGCCUCGGACUUCGUCUAUGCAGAAGAUGCUACGCCCAAGGCCAUCAGCUGCCUCGAUUAAACGCCACGAUCCUUAUACUGCCGAUCUAGAUAAGGAUGAUCUCGUUGCCGAGGAUGAGAUGAAGAAAUUAGCAUUGAGGAGAAAGGAGACGGAAAUGGCAGCUCGAACGUUAGAUGCACUGCGCAGAAGAGCAACUCCUAAGGAGCGUGUAGGACCUCAUGAGGCUAUCCGAAUAGCCAUAUUGAACAUCUACGAGAAAGGCGAGAUCGUCGACUAUAGCGACGUUUAUUUCUGUGGAACUCAACAUGCUAGCAAGGUUGUGGGAGAUUUGAACUCGAAGUUACCAAACUUCGGUUACGAUGAUGAGCGCGGCGAUUAUACGAUUGUCACAGGUGAUCACCUCGCUUAUCGUUACGAGAUCGUCGACGUGCUUGGGAAAGGCAGUUUUGGACAAGUGGUGAGGUGUAUAGACCACAAGACUGGUGUGCUUGUUGCCGUGAAGAUCAUCCGAAACAAGAAGAGGUUCCACCAGCAAGCUCUUGUCGAAGUCAACAUUCUACAAAAGCUUCGCGAAUGGGACCCUCACAACAAACACAGCAUGGUCAAUUUUACGCAUAGUUUCUAUUUCCGUGGGCAUCUUUGCAUAUCAACGGAGCUCCUCGAUAUGAAUCUCUACGAGUUUAUCAAAUCCAACGCAUUCCGCGGAUUUUCUCUUAAACUUAUUCGAAGAUUCACUAAGCAGAUGCUUAGUUCGCUCAAUUUACUUAAACAGCACAAGGUGAUCCAUUGUGAUCUGAAACCAGAAAAUAUUUUAGUCCGACAUCCGAUGCAUUCCGAAAUCAAAGUCAUCGACUUCGGUUCAAGUUGUUUUGAGAACGAAAAGGUUUACACUUAUAUUCAGUCCCGGUUUUAUCGAUCACCCGAGGUCAUUCUGGGAAUGACUUACGGCUUGCCAAUCGAUAUGUGGAGUUUGGGCUGCAUCCUGGCCGAACUAUACACAGGUGUCCCUAUUUUCCCUGGUGAGAAUGAGCAGGAACAGCUAGCUUGUAUAAUGGAAGUGUUUGGUCCUCCUGAGAAACAUCUCAUCGAGAAGAGCACAAGGAAGAAGCUCUUCUUCGACUCUAUGGGCAAGCCGCGCUUGACUGUAUCCUCCAAAGGUAGAAGGCGUCGUCCAUCUUCAAAGACACUUCAGCAAGCCAUCAAAUGCGAUGACGAGCCAUUCCUCGACUUCCUCGCGCGAUGCUUGCGGUGGGAUCCGGAUCGCCGUCUUAAGCCCGAGGAGGCCAUUCGUCACGAAUUCAUUACGGGUCAAAAGACCUCGGUUCCCGUCCCGAGAACACGCGAGUCUUCGCCGGUCAAACGCCACAACACUAUCUCAACUCCACGACCUCUGCCAGAACCUCCAGGAGGUGGUAAGAGCGGCCCAUCCAUACGUCCCCGGGAGAGUAACGGUAGUCCCCUAAAACAAGGAGGAGGUGCAAGACGGACAUCCGCAUUUACGGGUCACGCAAGUACCGCUGGUACGAAGAGAACUAGCGCAGGGACAUCUACAACGACAGGUGGCAGCAACCUUCCUCGCGUGGCCGGCCGAAGUGCUAGUGGUAAACAGGAUUUGGCUUCUGCAGGGGCUAAUGUUGCUAUGAGUCGACGAGCUUAAAUGAUUAAUUUUCACAUGGGAGCUUCAUCGAGCAUCCUAGCAUGCCUUAUGAGAUGAUUUUGGGUAUUUAUUUCCGGUAGCAUGCCACGGCGCGAGCAAACCUUCCCCCGGGCUCAUCGACCCGUUUUCGGACGAUGGCGGGGUGUCGCGGAUGCCCCAGGGGGUUCAAUUCCAAAGAGCGAUCGUGUCAAGCAUGAUUAGAACGAAUGGCUACACUACACUUGCUAUUUGACUCCUUUUUUAGUGGCGCUUCUCCGUACACAUCACACAAGCCUUUAGGCUUGUAUCAGCAUCCCGAAUGCAUCGGCUAAACAUACGUACAUGUUACUUCAAACUUAAACUUAUCCCAGUUAUGUUAAAAGGAAUCGAGAGGAGCCUUUAGCUGGGGACAUGAACAUUUUUCUUUCUUCGAAUGAAUGUACUAUAUUACUUUAUAAUGACGGAGGCUCAAGCCGCAAAUGCAAAUACCAAGAUAACUCGGCUUUGAGGAGUCCUCGACGAUACUUUUUCUGGCGGAUGUUCGGAAACAAACAAAAAGAGCUGUUGCUGUUGGAACAAAGGCACCUCCUCAGGUGCAAUCGUUGGUGAAUGGGGCGAAUUCAAGCAAGAGCAAAAUCACGAUAGAGCGGAAAGGGGGAGGGAGAGAGGUAGACAGCGAGGUAUGCGACGUAGAGAGGCAUCGACCUUGCUCAAUAUCAAAAC